AACAAAAUAAGUGAAUUUUUCAUGACUAAAAAUUUAGUUUUUGUUAUUUCCCUUGUGCGUUGUUCUGCUAGGAAAUGUUAGUGGAUAUGGAGCACCAUUCUGCAUUAAUGUCCUUAAAUAUGCCUCCAUUUAAUAUGAGCCCAUCUAGUUCACCAGCUGGUUCGAAUAAUUCGAAUGGUGCACAAAAUUGUACCGUUUCCGGUGCUGCAUCAAUGACAACAACAUCAACAAGUCCCCCUGGGGGUGGUGGCGGUAGCAAUACAAAUAUACCACCCCCAUUAUAUGGCUCGCCACCCUUAUCAAAUUAUAAUAGUUGUCAGCAACAAUCAGCAAUUCAACCCUUAUCGCAUCAACCACCAUCAAAUAAUAACAAUAAAAAUGCGAUAAAUAAUUUAGAUUCGUAUUAUUUAUUUUAUUCAGGUGGUGGUUCCUUGUCAUGUAUGGAUAUGGGUGGUAAUAGUGGUUAUCCUGUUCCAGGACCACAAGGUCCUGGUGGAAUUGAAGGUGGCAGUAGUAAUGAUAUGCCUGGUAUGGGUGAACCACCGGACACAAAAUAUGGUUUGCCACCAGGACAAGUACAAGGUAUUGGCGAUCCUCCGGACACAAAAUACGGUUUACCACCUGGUGGUGGGCAUCAUACACCCGGUUCUGGCGGUGGUGGUAUGGGUGAUCCGCCAGACACAAAAUAUGGUUUUGAAGAAUUAUGCCCUGUGUGUGGUGAUAAAGUAUCUGGAUACCAUUAUGGAUUAUUAACCUGUGAAUCGUGUAAAGGUUUCUUUAAACGGACUGUACAAAAUAAAAAAGUGUAUACAUGUGUGGCGGAACGUAGCUGUCAUAUUGAUAAAACACAACGGAAACGGUGUCCGUUUUGUCGAUUCCAGAAGUGUUUAAAUGUAGGAAUGAAAUUAGAAGCGGUUCGUGCAGAUCGGAUGCGAGGUGGCCGUAAUAAAUUUGGUCCAAUGUACAAAAGAGAUCGGGCGCGAAAAUUACAAAUAAUGCGACAAAGACAAUUAGCCAUUCAAACAAUAAGGGGGACAUUAAACGAGAAUGGCUUACCUAUUGGUUACCCAUCGCCAACCGGUACAUCGCCAUUCCCAAAUUUACAUAUUAAACAAGAAAUACAAAUUCCUCAAGUAUCAUCGUUGACUUCAUCACCAGAUUCAUCAACGAGUCCUAUUGCGGUCGCAUUAGGACAAGUAGCGGCUGUUACAAGUGGUAAUUCAAACAGUAAUCCAGCAGCGCCUGCAUUACAAAUUGCCACGGGGGGAUCACAUGCGGGUACAUCAAGUGGUAAUUUAUCCGGUUCCGAAUCAAAAUUAUGGGGUAAUGCCAAUUCUACAACAACAUCACCACAUUCACUAUCACCAAAAGGUUUUCCAUUUGAUACCACAUCUUCGACAGGGGGUUCGAGUGGGAACAAUAAUAGUACGGAUAAUGUGGGUAGCGGGGCAGGAGGUAAUGGAAACUCAAAUAGUAACUCAGGGUCCACCAAUGUUGGUGGCAGCAACACACCAUCUUAUAAAAUAUCACCAUUAAUACGAGAGUUUGUGAACGCUGUAGACGAUCGUGAAUGGCAAAAUUCCUUAUAUAGUUUGUUACAAAAUCAAACGUACAAUCAAUGUGAAGUGGAUUUAUUUGAACUUAUGUGUAAAGUUUUAGAUCAAAAUUUAUUCUCACAAGUUGAUUGGGCGAGAAAUUCUGUUUUCUUUAAGGAUCUCAAAGUGGAUGACCAAAUGAAAUUAUUACAACAUUCGUGGUCUGAUAUGUUAGUGUUAGAUCAUAUGCAUCAUCGAAUGCAUAAUAAUUUACCAGAUGAAAUGACCCUACCAAAUGGCCAGAAAUUCGAUUUAUUAUGUUUAGGAUUACUAGGUGUACCAUCAUUAGCCGAUGUAUUUAAUGACCUCACAGCAAAAUUACAAGAACUUAAAUUUGAUGUUGCUGAUUAUAUAUGUGUGAAAUUUUUAUUAUUAUUAAAUCCAGAAGUUCGAGGAAUUUCUAAUAGGAAGCAUGUUCAAGAAGGAUAUGAACAGAUACAAGUAGCACUCCACGAUUACGCAAGAACGUGUUAUCCACAAGUGCAGGAUAAAUUUAUGAAACUGUUAAGGGUAUUACCAGAUAUCCAUGGUAUGGCCAGCCGUGGUGAGGACCAUCUAUAUCACAAACAUUGUAACGGCAGUGCACCAACACAAACACUAUUAAUGGAAAUGUUACACGCUAAACGAAAAUAACAUUUAGAAGAGGACGUUGUUAUUAUAAAUGAUAAUGUGAUUGAUAAUGGUGAUGAUUAUUAUAUUAUUAAUGAUAAUGAUAAUAAUAAUAAUUAUAAUGAUGAAGAAGAUGAUGAAGAUGAUAUUCAACAGAACGAAGAUGGAUGCUCUGACCCAGGAUGAAAUCCUACGGGUGAUUGCAUCAUCCUGCAAUUACAACAAACAAAUAAUAAUUUAAACUCGUCGUUACCUACGGACGUUACCAAGCUGCUAUGCGCUACCUGAUGACUACUACUACACUACUCCUAAACUAAAUAUUUAAACACUUUACUUUAAAAAAAAAAACACAGCGUCGUCUUUGAAAAUGGAAUUAUUUUUAGUUGUGCAAUAAACAUUGAAGAACAUUUUUUAAAAACAAUAUCUCUGUGGCUAUCAUUGAAUGUGUGUUUGUUAAUUGUGUGAUAAUUAAUUUACUAAGCAUAAAAAAAUUUAAAAUACAAAAAAAAAUCAAAGCUCAUAGAAGCAGAGCCACACACGUUUAAUUAUUUAAGUUAUGCAGAAAACAAAGAAGCGCGUGAUUUGAAUUUGGUGAUGGUAUUAGUGAAACGAAAAUAUGGACAUAUAACGGAACGAGAAGAAUGGAUGUAUUUGUGUUAUUAUUAAAUUGGCAACGAAAGAAAUAUAUUUUUUAGAUAUUUAAUUAAACAAAUUUAACAUACAACUAGGCAUCACUAGGGUACGGGGGAAUCAGUUCAAAAACAAUUGUGAUAACAGAGAGUAAAAUGUAUUUUUUUAUAAAAUUUAAGUAAUAUUAUUUUUUUUGAAAGUGAAUUGAGUUUAUGUAUAAAAGAUGGAAGGAAAAAAUUUGACGUAUAAAAAAAUAUAAGAGCUUGAAAAGCGACGGAAUUUGAGAGCUUAAAGGAUAAUUACAAUUUACAUUAUUCAAAUUUGUCAAUUUCUUUUUCAAGGAUGAACUUUGAUUUAGAAAGAAGGUCAAAAAAUGUUGAUAAAAUAAUCGGGAAAAUGUUUAAACUCAAUUAUUUUCAAAAAAAAAAAAAACUUUCAAAUAUAUUUUUGCGAAAAUAAACCUAACAAAAUAAUAA